AUGGCUCUCACCGCUCGCUUCGGGCAGCGGGCGGUCUCGCACAUUCUGCGCCAGCGAUGCCUUUCCUCGCUUGAAUGCUCUGCCCCCUCGGCCCUGCGGGCGUUCUCCUCACAGUCGUCGCCCCGGAAGCUGUACCCUCGCUCGCAAUUGCCGACGUUUUCCUCGUGGCGCGCCAACCGGCCGCUGGCGCUCGCGGCUCGCGGCCUGGCAUCCGCGGCGAACGCGAAGUCGUACUCCGGCGGCCAGAUCAUACAGGACGUGGACCUGGUCGAUGUCAAGAAGGUGCUUGUCAUCGGGAGCGGAGGCCUAAGCAUUGGGCAGGCCGGUGAAUUCGAUUAUUCCGGUUCGCAGGCCCUUAAGGCCCUGAAGGAGGCCGGCGUCCAGUCGGUUCUCAUGAACCCCAACAUCGCUACCAUCCAAACCGACCACAAACUCGCCGACGAAGUCUACUAUCUGCCGGUCACGCCCGAGUAUGUCACGCAUGUCAUCGAGAAGGAGAAGCCAGAUGGCAUCUUUCUCAGCUUCGGCGGCCAGACUGCCCUGAAUCUUGGUGUGCAGAUGAAUCGCAUGGGCAUUUUUGAGAAAUAUGGGGUUAAAGUGCUUGGAACCAGCGUUCGAACGCUUGAGACCAGUGAAGACAGAGACCUGUUCGCUAAGGCUCUCAAUGAAAUUAACAUCCCCAUUGCCGAGUCGAUUGCUGUCAGCACCGUCGAUGAAGCGCUAGCCGCCGCGGAGAAGAUCGGGUAUCCCAUCAUUGUCCGGUCUGCAUACGCCCUGGGCGGUCUCGGAUCCGGCUUCGCAGGAAAUGCGGAGGAGUUGAAGAACUUAUCGUCCCGAUCGCUUACUCUGGCCCCCCAAAUUCUUGUUGAGAAAUCUCUCAAGGGCUGGAAGGAAGUUGAAUAUGAAGUUGUUCGCGAUGCCGCCAAUAACUGUAUCACUGUCUGUAAUAUGGAAAACUUCGAUCCUCUUGGUAUUCACACGGGAGAUAGCAUCGUCGUCGCUCCCAGUCAGACCCUCUCCGAUGAGGAGUACCACAUGCUGCGAACAGCGGCUAUUAAAAUUGUUCGACAUCUCGGCGUUGUGGGCGAGUGUAACGUGCAAUACGCCCUUCAGCCAGAUGGUCUUGACUACAGGGUAAUCGAGGUGAAUGCCCGUCUUUCCCGCUCAUCCGCUUUGGCGUCAAAGGCUACAGGAUAUCCUCUGGCUUAUACUGCUGCCAAAAUUGGCCUCGGCCACACAUUGCCACAGCUCCCUAAUGCCGUCACCAAAACCACAACCGCAAAUUUCGAACCCAGCUUGGAUUAUAUCGUCACUAAAAUUCCACGAUGGGAUUUAAGCAAGUUCCAGCAUGUCAAGCGGGAUAUCGGUAGCUCUAUGAAAUCCGUGGGAGAAGUUAUGGCUAUUGGUCGCACUUUCGAGGAGUCAUUCCAAAAGGCUAUCCGUCAAGUCGAUCCCAAAUUCAUUGGUUUCCAAGGCGACAAGUUUGAGAACUUGGAUGAUGUGUUAAAGAACCCCACAGAUCGCCGAUGGCUUGCCGUUGGACAGGCUAUGCUUCACGAAAAUUACUCGGUGGAAAAAGUCCAUGAACUGACGAAAAUUGACAACUGGUUCCUGUACAAAUUACAAAACAUUGUAGAUAUGCAUAAUGCGAUGAAGGAGAUUGGAAGCCUCUUCGGCAUCAAGAAAGAAAUGAUGCUCAAGGCAAAGAAGAUGGGCUUCUCGGACAAGCAAAUUGCCCUUUGUGUUGGCUCUACGGAAGAAGAAGUCCGCACUCGCCGCAAGAGCUUUGGCAUUCACCCGUGGGUCAAGAAAAUUGACACACUGGCUGCCGAGUUUCCCGCGGAUACCAACUAUCUUUAUACAACAUACAACGCUACAUCUCAUGAUGUUACAUUUGAGGACCAUGGUACUAUUAUCCUUGGAAGCGGAGUCUACAGAAUUGGUAGCUCUGUGGAGUUCGAUUGGUGCGCUGUCAACGCUACCCUCUCGCUUCGAAAUAUGGGCAAGAAAACCGUCAUGAUUAACUAUAACCCUGAGACCUAUUCUACUGAUUUCGACACGGCUGAUAGAUUGUAUUUUGAAGAGUUGAGUUAUGAACGAGUGAUGGAUAUUUAUGAACUUGAAAAUGCCGGUGGUGUGGUGGUUUCUGUUGGCGGUCAACUGCCCCAAAACAUUGCCCUCAGACUUCAGGAGUCAGGUGGUGCCCAUGUUUUAGGGACAGAUCCAAAAGACAUCGACAGAGCCGAAGACCGCCACAAGUUCUCGCAGACUCUUGACAGUAUUGGUGUAGACCAGCCAGCUUGGAAAGAGCUGACGUCUGUUGCAGAGGCUGAGACCUUUGCGGACUCUGUCGGCUACCCUGUCCUUGUUCGACCAAGCUAUGUCCUUUCCGGUGCCGCCAUGAGCGUUAUCCGCAGCCACGACGAGCUCCACGAGAAGCUCAUGUCGGCUAGUGAUGUUUCUCCUGACCACCCAGUCGUUAUCACGAAGUUUAUCGAAGGGGCCGAAGAAAUUGAUGUCGACGCAGUUGCAUCCGGCGGCAAGCUUAUUCUCCACGCCGUCAGUGAGCACGUCGAAGCAGCAGGUGUUCAUUCGGGCGACGCCACCCUCGUUCUUCCCCCGGUGAACUUGGAUAAGGUGGUUAUGGAGCGCGUCAAGGAGAUUGCAGAGAAGGUUGCCAAAGCCUUCAGCAUCACGGGCCCGUUCAACAUGCAGAUCAUCAAGGCGAAUAACCCCGAUGGGGGAGAGCCGCAGCUGAAGGUUAUCGAAUGCAACCUCCGCGCGUCCCGAUCAUUCCCCUUCGUGAGCAAGGUCCUCGGCACCAACUUCAUUGACGUCGCCACCAAGGCUCUUGUUGGAAGGGACGUCCCGGAAUCUACCGAUUUGAUGGCCGUCAAACGUGACUACCUCGCCACCAAAGUCCCUCAGUUUAGCUGGACGCGUCUUGCGGGCGCCGACCCCUAUCUCGGUGUUGAGAUGGCCAGUACUGGCGAGAUUGCCUGCUUUGGUAAGGACUUAGUUGAGGCAUAUUGGGCAUCUAUCCAGUCUACCAUGAACUUCCGUAUGCCAGAGCCAGGGGAAGGUCUCCUUUUUGGUGGUGAUACCAAUACCUUGACCGAACUCCCUCGCAUUGUGGACUUCGUGCAUCCACUUGGCUAUAAGCUGUUUGCUGCCAGCACAAAUGUCAAGGAGUAUCUUGAGAAGGCAACGAAAUCUGACAUUGACGUCCAAGUCAUUGAGUUCCCCAAAGAAGAUAAACGGGCGUUGAGGGAGGUUUUCCAGAAAUAUGACAUCAGAGGCGUGUUCAACAUCGCCAAAGAACGAGGAAAGACUCUUUUGGACGAGGAUUACGUUAUGAGACGGAAUGCUGUUGAUUUUGGCGUUCCCCUGUUCAUGGAGCCAAAGACUGCGCUUCUUAUUGCCCAAUGCAUGAAUGAGAAGCUUCCUCGUAAGGAGGGUAUUCCAUCGGAAGUACGAAGCUGGUCGCAUUUCGUUGGUACAAAGACCUUGUAA